AUGCAUCGCGCCAUAGCUGUCCCUAGAAUGUUUCGGCGACGGUUGGACGAGGCCCUUAUACGGACAUCUCGCAGGCGACUAGCCUCCACCGCCUCCACCUCCAAUGCCCCAUCUUCCAAACCGGCAAAAGUCGUUCGCAGGAUCUUAUUCUAUACUGUAGCAGCGACGGGCACGUUCUACAUCGGCAGUGCAUUCGUUUCCUUCGAAAACCAGCAGUACCGUGAAUUGUUCACCGCAAACGUUCCUUUGGGGAAGGAACUCGUCGACUAUGGCGAGGUGCACAAGUGGGAUGAGAUCACCAUCGAACAAACUGUGGUAGCUGCUGUAGACGCCUACAAGACCGUCUACAACUUCGUACAACGGCAGCUGGGUAACGCGCCGACCGAAGAAACAAUUGAAAAGGCGGCCAAGUCAGCACUCAAGGAGUCCAAAGAGCGCGUAAAGUCUGCCGCUGCAUCCCUCAAGACUGUCGUAAAGAAAGUGGAGGAAGAAACGGUCCCGGAAGCAACCGCGAAAGCAAUUUUCAUUGCACGACAACACGGUGCACAGUUUGCUGAUGAAUUAGACGACCUGAUCCGCAAAGCAGAGGCAGCCCUUACUGGGAAGUCUGUUGACUCUCUUUAUGAGGCGACGACUACACCGGCUCAGCCCGGUAAUGCCGUUAUUUAUGCUGCACCGCUUCCUAUCGGCUUCGAGCCCCCACCCGGAUAUGAGCGCCCCGCACCUCCAAAGCCUGCCUCGAAGGCAGUUGCGGAACCCACUCCCGUGCCCCUGCCUCUUGUCGCUCCAGCCGUGUCUGAAGUCGCCGUAUCUGAGCCUGUGAUCACCCAGCUCGCAUCCACGAUCGACAACCUCGCUUCUUUCCUUGCCUCCAACCCUGCUGCCUCUGAAAAAGCCAAAGAUGUUCUUGAGGUGGCCAAGGCUGACCUCACUGGUCUCGCGGCACGUAUUGAGAAGAUCAAGGAGGAUGAGAAGCUGCAGCUAGAGAUAAAGCUUGACGAACAAGCGCGGGAGUAUACCACAAAGCUUCUCGAGCUCGAGCUUGAGGCACAGGAUAAACUAGAUUCGCAACAAGAUGGCUUCAGGAAAUUCUACGAUGAGGAGCGUGGCAGGUUGAAGGAGGAAGUGAUCGCGCAGGGUAUAGAGAUGCAGAGGCGGUGGAUCCGCGAGGUCAAGGUCCGCGUCGAGCAAGAACGCGGGGGUCGUCUCGCCAAGCUUGAUGAGCUCGCCACAAGUCUCAAGCGCCUCGAACGUCUCGCACUCGACAAUUCUUCAUAUCUCGAUGAGAAUAUUCGCGUGCACAGCAUGUGGACCGCCAUACGUGCUAUGCAGAGCGCUGUCGACGCGUCGAUACGCAAGCCAUUCCGUGAAGAGCUCCGUGUGCUCCGACACAUCGCAGUCGCCAAGGAAGACGCAAUCAUUGCUGCAGCAUUGGACUCCCUUGAACAAAGCGACAUGCCCGACAUUGGCAUUGAGCCGUUUGCAGACCUUGCAUCAUGGUUUAGCACCUCUGUUAGGCCACGCGUCUCGAGCGUUGCUUUGGUCCCCGAUCAGGAUGCAGGUGUACUCACGCACCUGGCUUCGCACUUUCUUUCUUUGUUUAGGUUCCAGCGGCAUGGACUCAUUCCCGGGUCGGACGUGCUGAGUAUACUGUCCAGAGCGGAUGCUGCACGAGAGUUAAAUCAAGUGAAAGGAACUGCAAGGGAGCUGCUCCGAGAUUGGUUAGAAGCUGCACGGAGACGGCUGGAGGUUCUGCAAGCUCUUGAGGUAUUGAUGUCUAAAGUCAUUGCAUGUGUCACACUAACGCCAUCAUAG